AUGCAUCACUCCAUGGUUCUUAAAUUUCUCGGCGUGUUGCUCCCUCAGGAAGCCGCUGGCAAUAUGGGAAAACUCAUUCGUUUGGAGCUUUUCAACUUCAAGUCCUACAAGGGACACCAUGUCCUCCUAUUCGGCGAUGCGUAUUUUACGUCGAUCAUUGGCCCGAACGGGUCUGGCAAAUCCAACUCGAUGGAUGCUAUAUCUUUCGUUCUAGGAAUCAAAUCUUCUCACCUACGAUCGACCAAUCUUCGUGAUCUUGUGUAUCGCGGCCGUGUUCUGCGCACAUCCAAAGUCGACGGAGAGCCUGCUGCUGAUGGACAGGAUGGCGAGCAAGAGGAGGGAAUGGAGAGCAUGGAUGUCACCCAAGAUGCCGGUGGAAACGACCCGAAGUCCGCUUGGGUUAUGGCAGUCUAUGAAGAUGAUGCAGGCGAGGAGCAGCAAUGGCGCCGAUCUAUCACUAGCCAAGGUGUUAGCGAAUACCGUAUCAACAACCGAAUCGUGUCCGCCCACCAAUACAAUGAAGCCCUGGAAGAGGAAAACAUCCUGAUCAAGGCCCGAAAUUUCCUUGUGUUCCAGGGUGAUGUCGAGGCAAUCGCAUCGCAGUCACCCAAAGACCUUACCCGGUUGAUUGAGCAGAUCUCUGGCAGUCUGGAGCACAAGGCCGACUACGAAAAGUUGAAGGCAGAGGCGGAGGAGGCCGCAGAACAGCAAACAGUUCAGCUCAACCGUCGACGAGGCAUCAAUUCUGAAGUCAAGCAGUACCAGGAACAGAAGCGCGAGGCUGAGAACUACGCGAAAAAGGCCGAAGAACGCGACCAGGCCAUUAUCACUCAUAUCCUGUGGAAGCUAUUCCACUUCCAGCGGCUGAUUGAUGACUCCAGCGCAGAUAUUCAGAAAUACCAGGAUGAGCUCAAGGAGUACCGCCGUGGGGUUGAGAAAUAUGAGAAGAACGUCGAAGACGCCAAAAAGACCAUGCUCGAGGAGAUUGAGGAACUCAACAACUCGCUUGUGCCUGUGGACGAGAAGAUUGACAUCACCCAGAAGAAAGUUGAGAGAUACUCCUCGAAGAUCACUGAAAUUGAAAAGGAGCGCACGUCACAAUCAAACAAUGGCAGGCAACUCGAAAAGGAUCUCAGGCUUGUCGAGAAAGCUCAGGCUCAGUGGGAAAUCGAAUGGCAGAAGAUGAUGAGCAAGAAGGGUGUUCAGUUGAGCGAAGCCGAUCAGCAGGAGUACCACAAGCUCAGAGAAGAAGUCAACCGGCGUUCAUCGGCUGACUCUUUGAACCUUGACAAUCUGCGCCGGCAGAGAAAGACUGAAGCUGAAGCGGUCAACAGCUUGAAGGGCAAGUUUGAGAACACUGAAUGGCAAUUGAAAUCGGUUGAAUCCGAUGUUCAGAACAUGAACGAACGCAAGUCGUCUUUAAAUGACAUCGUCAAGUCCACCUCCAAAGAUAUCGAUCGUAAGAAGAAGGAGCUGAAUGCAUUGACCUCUGAGCGGUUGAAAGUCUCGCAAAUGCGGACAGAGCUAGAGGAAAAACUUCAGGUCGUGCUAAGGAAACUUCUCGAGGCCGAUGAUGGUAAGAAGCAAACCGAACGCGAACUCAGGACCAAGGAGUUGAUCUCAGCCUUGAAGCGCAUCUUCCCUGGUGUCAAAGGCCGUGUCAGUGAUCUUUGCCGACCGAAGCAGAAGAAGUACUCCGAUGCAGUCAGCACCGUACUGGGUCGACACUUUGACGCCAUUGUUGUGGACAAUGAGAAGACCGCAAAGGAGUGCAUUCAGCACCUGCGCGACCAACGAGCUGGCCAGGCCACAUUCAUCCCGCUGGAAACCAUUCAAGUCAAGGCAUUCUCCUCAAACCUGAAGGGCAUGCAUCGAGGCAUGCGCCCUGCCAUUGAGACCAUUGACUACGAUGAUUCGGUUGCGCGAGCAAUCAGCUACGCAUGCGGCAACUCUAUUGUUUGCGACGAUCUGGCGACAGCCAAAUAUCUUUGCUACGAACGAAAUGUGGACGCGAAGGCGGUCACCCUCGAUGGAACUGUCAUCCACAAGGGUGGUCUCAUGACCGGUGGGCGUGGUCCCCAGCAGAAUUCCAAGCGUUGGGAAGAUUCCGAGGUCGAGAACCUGUAUAAAUUGAAGGAGAAGCUCAUGGGCGAUCUUGCGAAUCUCCCCAAGAGUCACCGUCGGGGCUCCGAGGAAGAGACACUACAGGGCGAGCUCGUCGGUCUCGAGCAACGCCUCAAUUACUCCCGUGAUGAGUUGAAGGCUCUUGAGAGGAACCUCGAGAGCAAACGUAGCGAGCUGGAUUUCAUCAAGCGCCAGAUGGAGGAACUGCGACCUAAAUACACCGAGCGUAAAGAAAAUCUUGACGAGCUAGACGAGACAAUCGAGACGUCCCAAGCUUCGGUCAGCACUGUCGAGGAUGAGAUCUACCGCAAGUUCUGCAAGCGUUUGGGUUAUGACGACAUCCGAGAAUAUGAGGCCCAGCAGGGCUCUGUGCAGGAAGAGGCCGCACAAAAGAAGCUUGAGUUCACCACCCAAAAAAGCAGAAUCGAAAAUCAGCUCAGCUUUGAGAAACAGCGUAUCCAAGCAACUGAUGACCGAAUCAACGGCCUCAAGUCCCAAUACGAGCGCGACCAGAGCUUGAUUGAAGAAUUGCAAAGUCAACAAGAAGAGAUCCGCAACCGGCUCGAUGAGUUUGAAGCGGAACUUGAGCUCCUCCGAGAGGCCCUCGAGAAGCAGAAGGAAAUCUAUGGUCAAUCAGCAGAAAAUUUGGCCGAGCAACGCCGUGAACUCCAGAAGCGCAGUAAACACGUUGAAGCAGCAUUGAAGAAUGUCAAUGCACUUGAAGCUGAGAUUCAAAGAAAUUCUUCCAGUCGUUACACUCUUCUGCGUCGGUGCAAGCUUGAAGACAUCGAUGUCCCUUUGACUGAAUCUUCCAAUUCCCUUGACAAGCUUCCCAUUGAUGAUCUUGUGCAGGCAGCAGAUCCUGAUGCUAUGGAGGUGGAUGAAGGAGAUGGUUUGGAUGAGGCUUCUCCGGUGCACGAUUACGGUAUUGAGGUUGACUUUGAUUCUCUGGGAGAGACUCUGAAAGAGGAGGCCGAUGAUAAGCUCGAGGAUGAACUGCUCGAGAAGGUUCGUGUUAUCAACAGUGAGCUUGACAAGAUGGCGCCGAAUGCUCGUGCCAUGGAGCGCCUGGAGAGUGUCGAGAACAAACUUCGAAGCACUGAAAAGGACUUUGAGGACGCCCGGAAGUCUGCACGAAAGGCCAAGGAAGAGUUUGAGUCCGUGAUGAAGACGCGGUCCGACCUCUUCAACAAGGCAUUCACCCACAUUUCUGAGCAGAUCGGGCCGAUCUACCGUGAACUCACGCGCAGUACCAAUUACCCCCUGGGUGGUCAAGCCUACCUCGAUAUUGAGGACUCGGACGAGCCCUACUUAGACGGUAUCAAAUACCACGCCAUGCCUCCUCUGAAACGUUUCCGAGAUAUGGAGCAUCUUUCAGGUGGCGAGAAGACCAUGGCCGCACUAGCAUUGCUGUUCGCUAUCCACUCGUACCAGCCGUCUCCAUUCUUCGUACUGGACGAGGUUGACGCAGCCCUGGACAACACCAAUGUCGCCCGUAUUGCCAACUAUAUCCAUGACCAUGCUGCGCCUGGCAUGCAAUUUAUCGUGAUUAGUCUAAAGACCGGAUUGUUCCAGAACAGUGAGGCCUUGGUCGGUAUCUACAGGGACCAGGUCGAGAACAGCAGCAAAUCCUUGACGCUUGAUCUUCGGAAGUACACCUAA